ACGUGAAUGAGAGCGCGCCACAUCUGUUUGACUCGGUUGUCCGCGCUCACUGAGUCACCAACUCACCGAUUCGGAACACUUAAACUACGAUCCCUCCGACUCUGAGAUCUCCUCUGGCGGGCUCUAUAUCUCUCUCUGUUUGUGAUUCUAGUUCUAUGUGUUUUGGUGUAUGAGAGAAUAGUAAUUAUAAGAAUAAUAUAAUGGGUAGGUUGGAGAAUUCGGGGCCAACGAUUGAGAUCAACGGUCUGAGGUUCACGUAUCCGGGAAUCGACGGCCAUCCUCCGCCGGGCUCUAAGCCUCUUAUCGAAGACUUUUCUCUUACUCUCAAUGCUGGAGAACGCUGCCUUCUUGUCGGAUCUAAUGGCGCUGGGAAAACUACAAUUUUGAAGAUACUGGGGGGGAAGCACAUGGUGGAACCUCAUAUGGUUCGUGUGCUUGGGAGAUCAGCCUUUCAUGACACCGCUUUGACUUCUUCUGGUGAUCUUUGUUAUCUUGGAGGAGAGUGGAGGCGGGAUGUUGCCUUUGCAGGGUUUGAAGUUCCAAUCCAAAUGGAUAUUUCUGCAGAAAAGAUGAUAUUUGGAGUGGACGGAGUUGAUCCUCAAAGAAGAGCUGAGCUAAUCAAGGUAUUGGAUAUAAAUCUAUCAUGGAGGCUGCACAAAGUAUCUGAUGGCCAGAGAAGGCGGGUGCAAAUAUGUAUGGGUCUCCUCAAGCCAUUCAAGGUUCUUCUUCUUGAUGAGAUAACAGUUGACCUUGAUGUGCUAGCAAGGGCUGAUCUUUUAAGGUUUCUAAGAAAGGAAUGUGAGGAGCGAGGUGCCACAAUUAUUUAUGCCACGCAUAUAUUUGAUGGUCUGGAGGAAUGGCCAUCACAUGUUGUUUAUGUGGCUAAUGGGAAGUUGCAAUUGGCAAUGCCUAUGGAUAGAGUUAAGGAGAUGAGCAAACUGUCACUAAUGAGAACAGUUGAGAGUUGGCUAAGGAAAGAACGAGACGAGGAGAGGAAGAGAAGAAAAGAGAGAAAGGCAAAUGGUCUUCCUGAAUUUGAAGAACAAAUUGAGGGAAGCCGCGUAACUGGGGACCCGGCUCGACGUGCACUUAACAAUGGCUGGGCAGCAGGAAGGCUGAACUCCACUGUUGCUGGAGAAGAGAACUUUGUGUUGAGCUCCAACAGAGUAUUGAGAGGAUAGAUAGAUACAAAUUCCAUUCAAAGGAGAGGUUCCAGACUUGGUAGCUUUCUUCUAAAAUAAUAACUCUGAAGAAUAUUGUUAUGGUCAGUUCUUAUAUAUACAAUGUGCUCCAACGAAUUUCAUACCUUUUUUUUUUUUUUUUUUUUCACUGAGAAGUUCGGUUGGUAAUUCGAUAUGUAUUCCUUACAGAAAGAUAUUCUCUUUCUGUUCUUUUCUAAACAAUCAAUAAAAUGCUCUUUUUUUUUACU